ACAAAGAUUCUUAAAACUUCCCAAACUGAAGACAUUAAGCACAUUGUACUCUCCCUGAAAGUCUCUGCUUCUUAGAAAUCCAUUCUUUCUUAAAUUUCUGCUUUCCUGUUGUCAUGGAGAAGGUCCAGUACAUAACUCGCUCUGCUCUGAGGAGAGCCUCAACUAUUGAGGUGCAUCCACAAACACGGCAAAGGCUUCAGGAGCUUUUUGUAAACUUCUGUCUUAUCUUAAUAUGUCUGUUGCUAAUAUGCAUCAUUGUGAUGCUUCUUUGAAGUCCAAUAUUUUUUAUUGUUCUUCACUACCUUAUGCAAUGGGAUAUGCACCAGAAGGAGAAAAGAACCAAACAAGAAACAUCCAGCACAAGGAAAUCUAUGCAAGAAAAUCCAGCACUCAGUCUAAAAAAUUUCUCACCACCUCCACUCUUACUCACUGUAACCAUUAAAAGCACCUGUACUGAACAGUAAUUUGAAAACUACUAUCACAUGGUGAUGCAUGAGCUAAUUUGCCUGCUUUAUUUUUAAAGGAAGACUUCUGUGGACGUUGAUGAUCAGUGUUAUAUGUAAAAUGUCCAACUAUAAAAUUUUAAAUAGCAACCUUGAAAUUUUGGUUGCAUAUUAUUCUUUGGUUCCAGAUUAUUUGUUUAUUAUUACUAAUCAGCUGUAAGUGUUUACUUUUAUGAAUAAAGAAUGGGCUGAAUGCACUAUUAUUAAAUGCACAAUUAAAUCAUUAUACAUUCUAGAAGAUAUGUGUAUCUUGAGUACUUGGAUUGUUAACUGAAGAAUUUAUUAACUUCUUUCCCCGUACAUAUUCAUAAUAUAAGCUUUGAAAAGACAAUAAAGCAUUGAAUAUUUAUUGCCUUGUUCUACUGAAAUGCAAGUAUUUAGUCACCUACAUAUUGGUUUGCUUGUAAACUUCAACUAGGUGAAAUGGUAUAUCAUAGGGCAACAACUUUUAAAUCAAUGUACCUGAAAUGGGAUAACCUAAAAAAUACAAUCAAAAUUUGGGAACUUCUACUCUUGUAGAACUGAAAUUUUGCAAGAUAAUAAUGAUUAUUUCCAAUGCUCCUUGCAAGCCUUCUUCCUGACGAUCAGGAAGCCAGGAGUUGCUUGGGCUCCCACUGCUUGUUUUUUAUUAUUAUUAUUAGUUAAGGAAAUAUUUCGAAAAUGAUCUCAUGGAUUGUCUAGUUUGAUAUAUUUAUAAAUAUUUAAUAUAGUCUCUCCUGUAACACUAGUGAUAUCUUCCAGGCGGCACUUUAAAUUAUACAAUUGUUCUUCAUUCAUAUAAUUUAGCAAGAGGACUAGAUGAUGAAUUCUUGCAAGUUUAAUAUUUUGAUGAUUUGUUCUACAAAGAAUUUGUCACAUCCACACACAUACAAAAUCUAUACAAUGGCUUCUUAUUGGUUGCAUUAGAAAUUCAAUCUGUUGUCAGAUUGCAUAUAACAAAUAGCAUUUGUUUUUUAGCUAAAAAAGUGAAUAAUUAAAUCUGAUUUCAAAAUUUUCCCCAAAGUCAACAUUAAGUGGACUAGGGAUGAAAAUAUUUUGGUUGUGUUGAAAUCUCUUUUAUAGACUAAUCUUAUCACUUGUAUGAAGUUUAUAGGCUGUUGCUUUAACUAUAUAUGUAUGUGUACAUGAUAUCAUUAUACCUAAAGUGGUAAGAAACAAAUGUUGAAUUAUUUAUUACAAUAUUAGAAUAAUUCCACUCAUUGAGAAUGUACUCUUCAUAACAUAAUUAUGUUACAUAUGAAUUUAUUUUCCCUACUGAGAAACAACCAGCUCUAAACUUUCCUAAAAUAAAAUGAAAGCUGUUUAACAAGGUAUUAGAUUUUAUUUUAAUUUUCACUGCUUAAUAUAUUAGUUCAAUCAUUUUUGUGCAACACUAAGGAGUAUCCGACCAUAAAUAAAGCAUGCCAAUAUUAAAUCCAAAGAACAUUGUUUUCAGAUCAUUAUUGCGUAUUUCAGGACCUUCUCUCACCUCUCCACUGGAUUCUGCAAUGUUGAACAAAGCUCCGUUUAACAUAAAAUAACAAAUAACUACAUAAAGAACAGUAUCAACUGUUAGAUAUCAAUACAGGUUUCAAGUGGUUUCCAGAAGUUGGGAAGUAUCAACAUAGGAAAUCUGCUGGAGGCAGCAUUUCCAAGGGAGGUAUUGGACAAAAAAAGCUCGUAUGAGUCAAGAAAUGCUCACACAAGAGUACUGCAACCCACACAUAUGUCAACUUUAACUCACUGUGACUGACGUGAACCUGCUUAUAACAGCAAUCAAGAUUUCUAGUGCAAGCAAAAUAAGUGCAAAGUUUGCCACAAUGGAUUUUGCUGCAAAUAGAGGUCUCAACCUGUUACUCAAUUUUCUACUUAUUUUUUUGGUCCUGGUUCUUAUAUUCAUUCUUGUAAAGCUCAUGUGAGGGGCCUUUUUUAAAGUCUUCAUUUAUGCCAUCAUGGUAACUUGAACCUUCAAACUGUAUGAAUAUAAAGAACAAAAUGAACAAGACAAAAAAUGCCUAGACUUAACAUCCUGCAGAUCAGGGAAGCUUUUGCUGAAAUAAAAAAAUAUAUUAUUUUUACAAUGGAACAGAUCAGAUCAACAGCACAAUCUGAAACCUAAAGUAGAAAAAAGGAAAAACAAACAUGGAAUUCUCUACAGGAAGAAAAUAAUGGAUGUGAACAUGGAAUCACCUGUGAUGUUUAUAUUGGAGAUAAGGGCAAAUAGCCAUUUAGAGGAAGUAUAAAAACUACAUGAAGACAAAUACUUAUUCAGAGUAAAUUUCCACAUAUUUGAUGAUGAUACCUAUACAUGGGAAUAAAAAUGAGCAUAAUGUAACUUUGUUAUGAACAACCGUGCAUAAGAUUAAUUGCUUAUUAUUGUUAAUAUUACAACAGGGCAUAUAAAUUCUAUUAAUUAUAAAGUGCUAUAAUACAGUAUUAUUGUAAUAACAUUUUUAGCAAACUAUAGAAUACUAUUUCCACUAAAAGCAUAUUAACCUUCCCAUAAUUUAUAUAAGUUACUUCUAAGCCUGCUUGUCUCUAUUGUGAGGUUUUAUUUGGGGGCAUCGGCUCUCAAAUUCACUACUGUUAGAAAAUUUCAGACUAAGUCCUAUUCAAUUACUCACUCCUAUACCUUUCAUGCCAGAUUAGAGGAUUCUAAAAGACAAUUAGAAUAUAUGACUUUAAGGUUUUUUAACGUAUUGAUUUUGUUGGGAUGAGAUUACAAAUUGUAACUUCAAGCAGACUUCAGAAACUAAGAUUGCACUAUUUCUUUGUAAGCAAAAUAUUUCCAUUUGCCACUUUUUCUCUUCUUAUCUUUAUUUCACACAGAAAUGAAACACCCGGUGAAAUUAUACUCUAGAUGUGAUUGCAAUUUUCGAUGUCCUCUGCCAGCUUUCCACAAUCAAAAUCAAUGGGAAACCCACAGGAACUUGGAAGUCACAGUUACCUGGGGUCCUCGCUUAACAACCCAUGCAGUCCUCACUUAAUGGCAGCAUCUGAGACUGCUGGAACUGUCAUCACUAAGUGACAUGGUCAUGUGACUUCACACUUUACAACCACAUUGCUUAGGGAUGUCAAUUCUGAUCCCAAUUGUUGUCAUAACCCAAGGAUUAUCUAUAUCAGUGCAGGUAUGUGCUUGUGUGCCCAUCUUAGGACAAGUCACUUUCAAAAACUUGAGAAUUCUGGCAAUAUAAUAAGUGUUGCAAGACAAACUAAGUUUGAUAACGUAUCUUCAAAAAACAGCUACAAAAUUUUUAAAACUUUUCAAAAAUAAAAUAAUUAUAAUAAAAAUUCCUAGUAAUCUAGAAAUAUGGCAGAAUAUCUGAGUAUAAACUUCUGUGAACAUCUUUAUACACAUUUGAGUAAUUUAUUUAUACUUUAGUUAUUUUAAAAUUUCAGAUUUAUUUUAGCAGAUUAUACCUCUCCUUUCUCAACAUUACAUAGGCCACUAGCCUUGGAUUCUGGAGUCUGGAAUGCUGCCAUUGAAAACACAAAUAUCUUGUUCUAUUGGGGGAAGGGGCACUUAUUUAAAUAUGACCUGGAAUACAGUAAAAUUUGACAUUUUGAGGAAUUUCAAGAACAACCAGCUCAGGUCUUCCCAAAGUGCUGCAUCUUAUUGAGAUUUAUAGAAAGGCUAAUUAGUAAAAAAAUCUACACACAUACGGAUAAUCUUCAACUUAAAACCAUUUGUUUAGUGACUAUUUGAAGUUACAGUGGCACUGAAAAAAGUGACUUAUGA